CAGAAAUAUUACAAAAAUAUUUAAAUUGUGUUAUAUAUUAUAAAAGAUAUAAAUUAAUUAAAAAUAAGUUAAAAACAUUAAAUAAAAAGUAUUAAACUGUGAAAGACACUUUCGAGUCGUAAUACAUAAAUAUCUAGAGACAGUAGCUUCAAAAUGUCAUAAUGCAAUUUUAUGUAUUAAGGUAUUAAUACAUUUGCUAGUGUAUAAAAUUUGAGUUUUGUAUUUAACUUUAGUAAAAGUAUUUAACUUUAUCCCUAUUAGAAGAGGCUUGUUUAAUUGCACAAAUAUUUUAUAGACUUUUAAUGACGUAAAGUUUUUAUUAUCUUAAAAAUAUCUGGUCUUUAAACUUUAUCUUGUCGGUAUUUAUGCAGGCUCGUAAAAGAAAAAUUAGUCGUAGAGCUGAGACAAACGCAGUGAAACGAUUGCAUGUUGCAAACUUACAGCAACGUAUUGGGAGCAUCUCAAAUUUUUCGCUUCUUUUGAAUAGCAGUACUGAUGAUAACAUCAAAAGUAAGUACGACAAAGAAUUCGGUGAUAGAGAUAAUAAUAUUGAAGAAAACAGCAUUGUUAGGACGCAGGAGAGCAGUGACAAUGAUAUUGAUGAAGAUUUAGACAGCAAUAAUUUUACGGAUAGCAAUGGUUCAGAGUAUGAAUCAGAUUUGUCAGAAUCCAGUGAUGCUUGCGAAGCAGUUAAUAUUACGUAUGUAAGGAAUUUACGCGAUGAUCAUCAAGAGAGAAAUGCAUAUGUUCUAUGCGAAUUAAAGAAGUGGGCCAUGAGAGGAGUAUCUUGCAAAAAAAUUGAUGAACUUCUCACAGUAUUCCAGGUGAUAUUUCCUAUUCUACCAAAAACCUACCGAACUUUAUUAAAAACUCCUAGAGUUACAAGUCUUAUCGAUAUGGGAAACGGCAAAUUCUGGUAUAAAGGAAUUUAUCACAGUAUUAUACCACGGCUAUCAGAAAAAUAUCUUUCUAACAGAGAGAGUAUAGAGUUUGAUAUUAACAUUGAUGGUGUGGAAUUAUAUUCUAGUUCUCGUAAAGUAUUUUGGCCAAUAUUAGGUUGCCUUUUAGAUGAAAAGGAGCCAUUCAUAAUAGCAGUUUUUUAUGGAGAGAGUAAACCUCCAUUAGAACCUUUUCUGCGGCAGUUUGUGGACGAACUUUCCAUUUUAAUGGUAAAUAGAAUUGUAUUUAAUAAUACUACAUAUCAUGUUAAAGUACAGAAUUUUAUUUUGGAUGCCCCUGCAAGAGCAUUUAUAAAGUGCAUUAGAGGGCAUAUGUCAAGGAAAGCUUGUAAAAAGUGUCAUGUCACUGGCAUGCGUUAUAAAAACAGAGAAGUUUAUUUGGAUCAUAAUGCACUUCUUCGCAAUGAUGAAGAAUUCAAAUUAAAGAUAGAUAUUUUUCAUCAUAUUCCUGGGAUUACAUCUCCAUUAGAAGAAAUUGGGAUCGGUAUGGUGUCUCAAUUUAGGUUGGAUGAAAUGCAUCUUCUGUAUAGUGGAGUUUUUCAGCGAUGGUUGGAGUUUGUUUUGGGAAAACAAGGGCCUAAUCGAGGAAAAAUUUCAGCGCGCGACAGAGCUGCUGUUUCUAUGGCUAUUGAUCAAAUUAAGUCUUACAUUCCAAUCGAAUUCUGCAGAAGACCUCGCAAUUUAUCCUAUUUUGGAAGAUACAAAGCAUCAGAAUUUAGGAGGAUUCUCCUGUAUGAUGGAUUAAAAGUGUUCAGUUUGUUGGAUCAAAAUUUGUAUACAAACUAUUUAUUUUUGCAAUGCGGAGUAUACAGGGUGUCCCAAAUCUGGUUAGACGUAUUAGAGGCAUGAAAGCUUGUAUGUUGGGAUGUAGAUGGAAGAUCAGUAGGAUUUGUAUUUCCUACAUCUGUAAGACUUUUCUCAUUGUUGAUAAAAAUUUCU